AUGUCAACAGCACCACCACCAAUUCACGGCGCACAGUUUAUGAUCGUUGCGUUACCGUACUCGCUGAUCUUCAUGGUUGGUAUUCUUGGAAACACUGCGGUUCUUACGUAUGCAUUCUUUCUUACGAGAUCUCUGAAGUCAUCAGUUUUGACGCUAGGCAAUACAUUCAUCUAUAUAGUAGCAUUAUCGCUGGUGGAUUUAAUGGUGGUAAUGUCAAUACCGUUUCAUAUGACCUCAAUGAUUAUGGAUAAUUGGUUGUUCGGUGAUACAAUGUGUAAAAUUUAUUGGAUUCUCGAAAUGUCAAAUAAGGUAUGUUCGACGUUCAUUCUAACUGCAAUGGCGUUUGAUCGCUAUAUGGCAGUAUGUCAUCCAGGUUUUGUUCGGGUACAUCGGGUAAAGCAAACUCUAUUCAUCAUAAUCAGUUUACUUGCAAUUGCUCUGGCACUUUUAAUACCGGUUGUAUAUUCAGCGAAGGUGGUACGAAUAACGUUCGGUGAUAAAUACAUCGCUGUAGAUGGCAGCAUACUGAGUAUAUCGAAAGAAGUGUGUACGGAUGGAAUGAAACGUGACAUGCGAAUGUGGGUCUCACUUUACGUUUUUUUGUUCGGCUUUCUUCUGCCUGGAACGCUACUCAGUUUCUUCUAUGCGAAUACAAUUUUAAAAUUGCGCAAACAUAACAGAUCGUUGAUUCGUUCACGAAUACCGAUACGUCGAAUUACCACUUAUACGUUGGUUGUGAGUGUCUUCUAUUUCUUAUGUCAAACACCAUUUUGGUUGACUCAAAUCUACGGUACACUGCUCACAAUUGCACACAUACGACCACCGCCGCAAAUUCUGAUAAUUACGUACAUUUGUCACAUGUUCCCGUUCAUUGCGGCGGCAUUCAAUUGGAUAUUCUACGCACAACUGAACACUCAAUUUCGUAAGGGACUCAGUCUUGUGAGUGAACAGUUUACAAGGAAUCAAACCAGGCGGCAGUGUAUGACAGUACCAACACACGCGAUCGUUGACGUGGUUGACGAUACAGCAACAAUAAAUCUUCUCAAUGGGAACAGUCGGACACCAAACGAAGACGGCACGAACUGUCCGAAGUGUGGACAUCCACUCACAAAAAUGGCCACCUCUCAACUUGUCGAGCCCUCAAAAUCUUCUGCAUAA